CAAUAAAAAACAAAAAAAAAAAACACAAAAGUAUUGCCAAAGGAGGAAUUUAUUUAAUAAUACGCUGAGAUCCAGUUAAUUGUUAUGGAGUAAAUGUGACAACACGUGAAGUUCGGGUCGUAAAUGGAGGGCCACAUUCGCUAGUGGCUGUGACGUCUUUUAUUCCCAUACGCCGUUUCCAUGCUAUAGAUAACAGUUUUGCCUCCAUAGGCCAGCACGAAACACAUAAUGGGCUGCAUCACUAGCACCAAUAAACUGAGUGAAUUGCGGCAGGAGAACGUGUUUCGGGUGCACGUAGCCCAUUUGCAGCCCAGCGGACCCGAGGCGCACAUCAUACGCAGCGGCUACUUGGAAUUGACGCCGCGCGAGUUGAUCUUCAUGACGCCUGGCUGUCAACCUAUUGUAUGGGCACUGCAGCACCUGCGGCGCUAUGGUCUUAAUGGCGACAUGUUCUCGUUCGAGGCGGGACGCCGUUGCAUGUCUGGCCCGGGCAUCUACACGUUCCGCAUACACCAUGCGGAGCAGCUCUAUCCGAUGUUCCAGCGCUAUAUAAAUGCCGUGAACACCGACGCCUUUGCCCAAGGAGAGCGGGAACGUGAACGCGUCAACUCCACGCAUUCGGUGUCGGUGCUCUUGGGUCGCAGCGAUCUACAGCCGCAUAGCAACAAUUAUCUGGAGCCGGCACCAAUGCUGGCGCGUACUGCGCUGCAGGUGCAGCAGCAGCCGAACGAGGCAAUUGCAUUGACUUCCGAUUCACCCGAGUCCUUGCCAAAUCUGCAGCUCGUCGUCGCCGAGCAGGGCGGAGCUGCCAACCAUGGCGCUCUGCAGUCUCCAAUCACGCCCGGCGCCUACAUCACUACCAAUGGCAACGUGUACUUCGAUCAGCCGAUGCAGCGCUGCAGCUCACCACCGGAGAGCACGCCCACAUCCACAAAUAGCGCAUUCAGCACGAUGCGCCGGCAGCAGCAUUUGGGUGACAUACCGCCGCAAGAAUCUGCUCCGGCGCUCAACGAAACGCUGCGUUUGUAUGCCAAUGUGGAGACAUCGCGAGAGCGGCUCCUGUUCGAUAUGCCGCUCGCCUCUGCCGGCUGCAAUGAUCGUUGCUAUGAGAACAUUAGUCGCCUGGACCUGCCCCCUCUGCCACGCGACUGCUCGCAGCAUUCGGUGGCCGCCGCGUCGCAACAGCAGCAGCCGCCGCCGCCGGUGACGCAGACCAGUCCAGCUGGUGUUAACUACAUAGUGCUCGACCUGGAUCAGCCGCGUAGUCCGGCACAGUGCUCGCCCAAGACGAUGACAAAUGGCUUUGGCAGCGGCCUGUCCCUGACAGCUGCUGCGCCACAAACCCCGGAAGGAAAGAAAGCUUCCGAUGCUGCGGCAUCAGCACAGAAGAGAAACUCGAAUGCUGGGGCAACGGCAACCGGUGCUGCAACAGCUGUGGAAACUGUGGCCAGCCAAGGCUACUCCACCAUUGAUUUUAUACGCACCUACGCUUUGAACAAAUCCUCAACAGCACCUGCCCACGAUGCCGAGGCGCCGGCAGGCUGCCAGGACCAUGCACACGAGGAUGCUGAUCAGCGCAUCACGCGGCAUGGCAAAUGUGUGCGAAAAGCCUACUCAAUUAGCGAGUAGGAAACGAACGAGGAGAGGAGCGAAAGUCGAAUGUGAGGAGGAGCGAGAGUCGAAUGUGAGAAGGAGCGAGAGUCGAACAUGAGGAGGAGCGAGAGUCGAAUGUGAAGAGUAUCGAGAGUCGAAUGUGAGGAGGAUCGAGAGUCGAAUGUGAGGAGAAACGAGAAUCGAACUUGAAGAUCGGGAGUCAAAUGUGAGGACGAUCGAGAGUCGAAUGUGAAGAAGAUCUCGUGUCGAAUGUGAGGAGGAGCGAGAAUCGAAUGUGAGGAGAAACAGGAGUCGAACUUGAGGAUCGAGAUUCAAAUGUGAAGAGGAUCAAGAGUCGAAUGUGAGGAGGAUCUAGGUUCGAAUGUGAGAAGGAUCGAGAGUCGAAUGUGAGGAGAAACGAGAGUCGAACUUGAGGAGAAGCGGGAGUCGAAUGUGAGAAGGAGACGCGUAAGAGUUGGAAAAGGCAGCACAACGAAUUUACCAUAAACAAAAAAAGGAUAAAAUAUGUUUAACUUAUUCGUUAGGUUGGCCUUGGCAAAUGGUAAUGGAAUCGCCCCGCAACUAUUUGCCUCGAGCCUAACCACAACCAAAGCCAGCCACAAAUCGCAAUCAGGUUGUUUCAAUUUAUGUACUUACGCAAAGGCAUACUAUAUAUAUUUAUAUUUAUAUUUAUAUUAAUAUUAAUAUUUAUAUUUAAUUGUGCACGUGCAUAGAUAUAUUUAAGUAUUUUUACACACACACACAGGGCUGUUUAGUGCUAGUCGUUUUUUAGAAUGUUGUGCAAAUUAAUGUUUUUUUAUUGUGAAAAUGCAACACGAAAGGCUUUUAAAUUGUAUAAAUUACAUACAUGAUGUACUCGUUAGUUGUUAAGUUAACCAAAAUAGUAUGUAUGCGAAUGUACAUCGUUUUGUUGUUAAGAUUUGCGAAAAACGAAGGCCCAGUGCUUUUUGAUUUAAUUUGUUGCCAGCUUAAUUCUGUAAUUCUAAUUUUUAUAUUGCUUUAUUGUUAUCCAAGUUCUUGGAAAUUGAAACAAAUGUACUCAUACUUAUGUACAUGAUGUAUGGCAUCAAGAAUCCAGCACAUGUACCUUUAUGUAUACAUAAAUAUGUACAUAUUGCAAUAAUAUUUGUAUUUGUUGUUAGUUUUUAAGUCUAAGAUGUGCAAUAAAGAUGG